UAUGCAGAAUUCCUAAAGAUGGCGGAACAAGGUCCGAUGGCGAUAGCGAUGCGGCUAAGAAACCAGAUGCAGAACGUCUACAAGCUCGACCCGUUGAGGAAUGAGGAAGAAGUUAAAAUAAAGAUAAAGGACCUAAAUGAACACAUUGUGUGCUACCUGUGUGCAGGAUACUUCAUCGAUGCAACCACCAUUACAGAAUGCCUCCAUACGUUCUGUAAGAGUUGCAUUGUGAAGUAUCUCCAGACCAGCAAGUAUUGUCCAAUGUGUAACAUCAAAAUCCAUGAAACACAGCCCCUGCUGAAUCUAAAGCUGGACAGAGUUAUGCAAGACAUUGUGUACAAACUAGUCCCCGGGCUACAAGAGAGUGAAGACAAAAGAAUUAAAGAAUUUUAUCAGUCUCGGGGUCUUGAACGCAUCAUACAGCCAUCCGGAGAAGAUUUGGUUCCAGAUAAUAUGGGAUUACCCUACACAAGCUUUGACCACUCCAAAGCUCAUUUCUACAGAUAUGAUGAGCAGGUCUCUCUGUGUCUGGAAAGGCAAAGCUCGUUAUUAUCUGGAAAAGACAAAAAUAAAUUAACUCUACAGCAGAAAUUUGUGCGUUGUUCGGUCAGGGCUGAGGUACGGCACCUGAGAAAAGUGUUAUGUCAUCGACUAAAUGUGGAAAAACAUCAGUGACUCGCCUCAAUCUGGGUGGUGGAGGACGAAUCUCAGUUGCCUCCGCAUCUGAGACCGUCAACCCGCACAUCUUAUCACGCGGCUUGUUGAGUGCGUUACCGCGGAGACAUAGCGCGUGUGGAGGCUUCAUGCUAUUCUCCGCGGCAUCCACGCACAACUCACCACGUGCCCCACCGAGAGCGAGAACCACAUAAUAGGGACCACGAGGAGGUUACACCAUGUGACUCUACCCUCCCUAGCAACCGGGCCAACGUGGUUGCUUAGGAGACCUGGCUGGAGUCACUCAGCAUGCCCUGGGAUUCGAACUCGCAAACUCCAGGGGUGGUAGUCAGUGUCUUUACUCGCUGAGCUACCCAGGCCCCGAUUUGUCUGUUGUUAAUGAACAUUCUACAUUCUGAGGUGAUGUGCAGCUUCAACGUUUUUGGUGUUAGACCAGCAAACUACAUAUGAUUAUAUACAUGGCAUAUAAGAUUUAUAAAUCAGCUAUUAAAUUAGGCGUAUUAGCUGUUUGAUCCCAUAAUAGAAAGAAGCUAUGUUCAAAUUUGAAUGUUUGAAUGUUUUUUUUUUUUAAUCUCUAUAUUGUGAAAUGCACUUAAACAGGCAUUUUUUAUUUUUAACCAAACCUCUCAUUGUUCUUCUUUUCCACCCCCCUGUCUCCUGUCUUCAUUGUGUGGUUGAUGUUGCGCUGCAGGUCCAGAUGUUAUUCAAUAAUGAAUCUCUCCCUGAUCACAUGACCAUGAAGCAUCUCUGGCUGUCUCACUGGUUUGGGAAGGUAUCACAGUCUCUUGCAUCUCCAGCUAAUUUCAUACUGCAUUCUUUCGCACUAUCAGCAUG